GGCGGAGCAAAACGAUGCCCAUCCGAAACCGUAUCGAACGGAGAAGUAAUAUAUUUUGAUGGCGUUCUCUGGGAAUUUUGUUACUGAUCCGCGUCGCUUCGAACUAGAAGAACUUAUCGAUGAGCAUGGAGAAUCGGACGACCAGUGUAAUUCUGAUGAUUCGGAAUGUGAUCCGAGUUACGGCUUUGAGGAAGAUAAUACCAAUUCCAAGGUUUCGAUCAGGAAGAAAUCAAAGCCGUCUGAAGUUGAAGAUAGGGAACUGAUCGCGCAAGCAUACUUAGAUGAUGUAGCGCCAGAGGUUUUGAAUCUAAAUGAAAAUGAUGAAAAAGAUAUUAGUGAAGUGCUAUCGAUCAUCAAAGCUGGUAAGCUAGAGAAACUCAAGGUAGAGCAAUGCAAGGCUUAUCUAAGAAAGAAUGGAUUGAGACUAACAGGAACCAAAGAUGUACUCAUUCAGCGUAUCAACGAGCAUUUGGAGAUUUUAAAUGGUGGAGGGGAGAAGAAAUAUCCAGAGUAUAGCUUUACAGUAAAUUGUAAAGGUGAUGCUUGCAUGGGUGAUGUUGUUAUGUUUGAACAAAAAGUAUACGAGAUGUACAAUAUAGCAUCUAGGAGCUCCAUAGGUCCUUCGUGUGGAACAAGAAUUGUUGCAGGUCGCAUUGUGAAAGAAAGCUAUGGUGCUUCUAAACAACAACAUACAUUUACGAUUGAAGUAUUGUGGAGUAAGGGUGAGAAACCACUUCCUCCACUUCAUCCCCUUUUAAUCAAGGGUCGAAAUCUUUAUCGGAUGAAGACUUUGAGACAGACUUGGGAAGAUGAAGGAGAAAGGCAAAAAGUUUUAAUGGAAAAACAUGCUAGGGGAUCACUUGCAAGAUCAACUAGGGAAGCACGUGUAGUAGAGAAAGAAAAAAGAAAAACGCACAAUGAAAACAGGAAAUCAAGGAGAGAAGGAUUUAAUGAGAAUCCCUCCAAGUCAAAUCUAUCUUCAGCAGGAACGAUGUUAGCUGAAACCAUGGUGAAGUUAUCCGUUGAUGCGAGAAAGGCAGUUCAUCCGCAUCAGGAAAAACCUUUGUUCGGUCAUUCAGGAGAACCUCGUCAACAUAACCCAACAAAGCAAACAAAAUCAGAUGUGUUCAUUGAUCAUAGUAGACGGCCAUAUCAACUUCAGCCCAUGGUGAAUCCAGUGCAAAACAAUUACUUUAGCCAACCCCAAAUGAAAGCCGAUCCUCCUCCAGUAAGCUACAAUAUACAUCCCAGCAUUUACAGUGCUGAUCAUCCUGCUUCUAGACUGGCAAUGGGCCAAAUGAAUCUUUAUCCUAAAGUGAACCAACAUGCGCAAGAAAGCUACAAGCAACAACGAUGCCGUUAUUAUGCCGUAGGGAGGUGUCACUAUGGGGAGAAUUGUAAAUUCUCGCAUGAAAUGGCACAAGAUUUUGCCGGAAGGGAGAAAGAAAGAUUGGGCCGCCAUCAUCAUCAUCAUCAUCAGAUGCAUCAAAAUGCUCGGCUUUGUCGGUAAGUAUGUGUAUAUGCUCUGAUAGAAUUUGGGUUCUAUUGAAUUUUGUUUUGGCAUUAAAAGGUAAGCGCAUUGGUGGUUACUUUGAUCACUUUUAUGAAGGGAAGUUAGAGUGGAAAUAUGGAAUACACCAUCCUAGGAAGAUUACUAAUCCAACUAGGCAUGAAAGCAAUGGUAACGCAUGCUUCCUCUUCUUUGUUUGUAUCUCUUAUAUUAGAAGGAAAAGUUGGAGGCAUAUGUUGUAUACAUCCAAUUUGAGAGACAUAACAUAGCUUUAUGUGCUUUUAACAUAAACACUUCUUGGUUA